CUGACAAGAGUCCCGGGAGUGUAGAGCAACGCAGGCUGCACACUGGCAGACCCUCUGAAAUAUUUCCUUUUAAGCCAGUAAAACAACAGAAAUCAUGUACAGUCUUAUAGAUGGAGAAGACAAGGAGUGUUUAAAUGAGGGUCCACAUCGUGGAAACAGGAUGAAACUGACCAGUGAGAAGUUGCCCCCAAACCCUUUCUCUCUAUCUCAGUAUGAUGAUCAACAACAAAAAUUCUUCCAAUGGAAGCAGGAAAUGCCUGAUUAUCGCCGCCAUUCUAAUUUGGUGGAUAGAGCACUGCAGUUCCUGAAAGAAAGAAUAAAAAAUGGGGAUGCUAUGGCAUAUUUCCUAAGAGGUCAACUCUAUUUCGAAGAGGGCUGGUAUGAAGAAGCCUUAGCACAGUUUGAAGAAAUCCAGGAGAAUGACCAUCAAGCAAUUUAUCAGCUAGGAGUGAUGUAUUAUGAUGGGUUGGGCACUGAACCCAAUGCUGAAAAAGGAGUGAUCUAUAUGAAGAAAAUUCUUGAUUCUCCAUGCCCCCAAACAGUGCACUUAAAAUUUGCUGCUGCUUACAACCUUGGAAGAGCUUAUUUUGAAGGAAAAGGCGUGAAACGAUCAGAUGCAGAAGCAGAGAGACUGUGGCUGUAUGCUGCAGACAAUGGAAACCCAAAAGCUAGUGUGAAGGCUCAAAGUAUUCUAGGACUGUUUUAUUCAAUGCAAGAGCCCAAACAAUUAGAAAAGGCAUUUUUCUGGCAUUCUGAAGCUUGUGGCAAUGGAAACCUGGAGUCCCAAGGUGCACUUGGUCUCAUGUACUUUUACGGACAGGGGAUCCGCCAAGACACCGAAGCUGCCCUGCAGUGCUUACGGGAAGCAGCUGAACGAGGGAAUGUCUAUGCCCAGGGGACUCUUGUGGAGUACUACUAUAAGAUGAAGUUUUUUACCAAGUGUGUUGCAUUUUCCAAAAGGAUAGCAGACUACGAUGAGGUUCACGACAUCCCCAUGAUAGCCCAUGUCACAGACUGUCUCCCAGAGUUUAUUAGCAAAGGCAUGGCCAUGGCGGCUUUCUACUAUGCACGGUGUCUUCAGCUUGGCUUGGGCAUUUCGAAAGACGAAGCUACUGCUAAACACUAUUAUUCUAAAGCUUGCCGUCUGAACCCUACAUUGGCAGAUGAACUUCACAAGUUACUUAUUUGCCAAAGAAUUUAGACCACAAAGCAUUUCAACAAAGACCAUAAA